UCGAACUGAGAGCUGAAGGUGCAAGUCAACCAACGUCAACAAAAAAACAUUUAGAGUGAAAUUGAUAGAAAUAUUGUUUGAAUAGCGAUAAUAAUUUUAUAAUUUGAUGUUAUCAAGUGAGAGAUAUCUGGCGAAUCAUGAGUAAAAGUACAAAGCAAUAUGGUUUACUAAUGCCUAAGAAGGCUGCCCUCUCAGCCCCAAAGGCCGGUAAUAUAUUCGGCGAUGACAACGACUCCGACACAGAUGAUGGAGCUGACUGGGUCAAGAAAGCCCUUAAGGCAGAGGGUGAAAAGCACAAAAUAAAGAAACAGACUCGUCUCAACAUGGAGAAAGCUUUAAACGAAGAUCCAACGAUUUACCAGUACGACGAGGUGUACGAUCAGAUAGAAAAGGUCAAGGAGCAGAACAAGCCAGUGAAGAAGGAACAGAAGCAGCCGAAGUACAUUCACAACCUGCUGAAGGCAGCUGAGAGGAGGAAGAUAGAGCAGGAGCACAGAAUGGAGAGGAUGGUGCAGAAGGAGCGAGAGGCUGAGGGGGAGAAGUUCGCUGAUAAGGAGAGCUUUGUGACAUCUGCUUACAGAGAAAAACUAGAGCAAUUCAAGAAGAUUGAGGAGGAGGAGGAACGGAUGGACAGGCUGGAGGCCAUUGCUGAUGUGACGAAGCAGCCUGAUAUGUCUGGCUUCCAUCGGCAUUUGUUCGCUCAGACUUUUGAUCCAAAAUCGAAUGAAUCUCCUGGGGAAGAGCAUAAUUCAAAGGAACCUAGGAGGGAACCUAGUCCAUCACAAUCUCCAAAUAUCGAUAGAGACGAAAAUUUAUCCGUUGAUUCAUCAUCAGAAGAAUCAGACAAUGAGGCCGAAGAGAAUGAUAAAAGAAAGGCAGAAGAAAAAUCUAAAAUGAAUUUUAAGGGAAAAAAUAACAGACAGUACAGAAAACGAGUCAUGGAGGAAUCUGAAUCAGAAUCUGAGGGAGAACCUGCUGAGAAAUCUGAGGGGGAUGAGGAUGCACGAAUGGGUGGUGAUGAUGCUUCUGACAAACUUGAAGAGAAUGAAAAAUACGAGUCUCCCACGAAGAAACCUAGACUGUCGACCAAAGAAGCAGAUGAAGAACAGAAUGAAUCCGUCAAACCCACGAAUGAUGCAGAAGACAAGGCAUUCAGUGCACCAGAACCAGAGAAACUGAACAAGGAGAAAAGCUCUAAGAAAACGGGAUCGAAGGAGGAAAAGCCAGAGGAGAAGAAACCCUCCAUAUGGGAGAAGCGGACAGUGGGACCAGUCUUUGAGGCAGCUCUGCAGAGAUACUUUGCACGAAAAGCUUUGAGAUUAUCUGGGACAUAACAAGAAUAUUAUUGAUAAAUUGAGUGAAAUGGAAACUUUUCAAAUAUUUCUGGAUAUUUCUAAUUCAUAAAAAAACAACAGUUGAAGUCAGUUUAAGAAAAAGUCGACGUGGGCUGCAAUAAAAAAGCAUUUUAAAGUCGAAGUUCUGAAAAAAAAAUAUUUAGAACUUGAAUCUGUCAAAUUAUGUAGCCAAAUCCAUAUAUUUGAGGUAGAUUGGAAUACCUAACACGUGAGAUUUGAAAAUGUACCGAAUAUGAAGGUUUAAGUUCCGGGUGCAUUAUCUUUCGAACGUGACUUUGAUUGUUUAUUUAUUUUGAUAAUCUAAAAUGAUCUCCAAUCGCUAUUCAGCUUUAUAUAGCCUUGGAGUCUCCAAAAAUUAUGAUUGUACAAUCAAAAAAACGUUGAAAAACAGCUGACCAUUUUCAAAGAGCGUAUUUGAAUAAUACUGGGAACUAAACCCAAUAGGGAGGAAAUUGCAAAUUAAUAAUUUGAUGUAUCCAAUGGCUGUUAUG